CAUAUGUUAAUAGUUUCUUUGCGGUAAUCGGAUAACCAACUUACUUGCAACAUAUUUUCUCUUGUUUCUGAGUUGCAGCAGACAAACUGACAGAGUAUGUUAAUCUCUCUAUUGACAGCAAGCAAACGCGGGAAGCUGUACAUCCGUAACUGGCACUAACUGUAAACACAUAGGCUCUCGCCGAUCGUAUUGCCAGAUAGAAGUAUAUGAAUGCAAGAUACCAUAACCACUAACGCUCUAAGGAAUCUCUACUUCAGAAGUGGAAUAUGGAAUUCAUAUAGACGGCCAAAUUGAAAGGUUGCGGAGAUGUACACAACAUAGGGUUAUAUAAGGUGACCUGAAAAGGUGUUGAAGCAUACAUGGUGGCGAUCCUAUUGCUGAUUUGGAAAUUAUAACACGGUGCGAUAUAAUUCUAGAAAACUGAUAAUAUCAUAUAUUGGAGACAAAACUGAGAUGGGACAUUUAUGAAUCUUGCUACCUGUCCCCUUCACGACAAAGAUGCAUCAAAUACAAUUUACAGAGGUUCUGGCCUUAGCUACUAUCAUCUUGACCUUAUUAGAUGGUGUGCUAUCCUCGGCGUGCAAUGAACGCAAUGCACUCACAGGUAUUCAAGGCUGCCUUACAUUUAUCAAGGACAGUGACUUAGAAUUGGUGGAUCUUGGGGGUCUAACUUCUCAACAAUGGGAUGAACAAUGCAAUGAUUAUAAGGCAACAGUACAAUGCAUCAAAAGAACAGUAGAAGGGUGCUCGCCGGAAAUUAGCAAGACUCCUUUACGAGCCAUUAGUGAUUUAAAGCGAACAAUCGGCAGAAUCUGUGAUGAUGAAGGGUUUCAAGCUCAAUAUAGAAGGCACUCAUCCUGCUACAAUACACAUGGAGAAGAAAUGGGCAAUUGUCUGCAUACGUUUCAAACAGAGAUGAAGGAGUUUGUCGAUCGAGCGACAUACGGCAACACAUCACUAAAAGCGAUGUGUCAAUCGUAUGACAAGGCGUUACUUUGUGUUACCCUGAAGAUCUACGAUUGUGGGACAGAUGCCACUAAUACGUUUACAGAAAUGACUAAGAUACUGUUACCCGAACCAAUAUCACAAGGUUGUAAGACCCGUGAUUAUUCUGCCAGCGCAGUAGAGUACCGAGUGUACAGCAGUGGCCGUCAUAUCUUAGCCGACAGUUUUGUGAUAUUGUUCGUUCUUUCUCUAAGGACGCUUUUACAUCUGUAAAUAGCCAGCUUCUAUUUUUAACUGACAUAGAUUUAAAUCAAUUUGCGAUCUGCUGAAUAGUGAGAGUGAAACAUGUAAAGGAAUGCACAGCGCCCCUGUUAAACUGGUAGCCGCUAGAUGGCUCUUAACUAAUUCAAAUGCGCUCUCAUGUCAAGCGCCUUAUCACAAGGCGCUUUAAACUAUUGGUUUAGAAGGGCCGAACUGUUCUGGAAGUGAACGAAAUGGCCACUAAAUGUUGAAUAUAAACAAUUAAACAAUAGUGUCAAGGAUUUGAAUAAAUAUAAAGUAUGCGUGUGAUUUGAAUGUAUAAAUUGAGUAAAGUGAUGAUGGUCGAUAAUAGAAUAAAAGACUAAGAGAAUCGUGUGAUCUGAGUGGAUGCACUGUGUGACUUGGAUGAACGAAUGUGACUUGAGUGACUGGAUAAUAAGAAAUGAGGAAACAAAGUAGCUUGAGUGUGUUAAUGUGUCGAGUGAGUGAACUAAACGCGUGAGUCCCUCCAAUACAGAUCUCGAAAAUAUUACAAAAAUGUUUAUUUUCUAAAUUAAGAAUUACAUCUGCAAAAGCAGAAUCAGAACCUAUUAAAAUGCAGAAAAUCAAUUAACCGUUUAAAACUUACUAACGAUACCGAUGACAAAAAAACAAAAAAGAUAUUUAUCGUGAGUCUUGUAUAUUUUAUGUUUGCAUCAACUCUAGAAUCUGUAUAUUUUAAGAACGCUGGGUGUUCGUAAUCAGUAGAUGUAUGCCACAAUGUGUCAAUAAUAUACGCUGUCAAUAUUUGCGUAAUCUGUAAAGUAUAGGGUCAAUAUCUGCUUAUGUCUUUCUCUUGUCUUGAUUUUAGUAAAGACGCUUAUAUCUUUAUCUCUACAAAUUAACUUUUCAAAAUUGAAAUGAAACAUUCGUAUAGGUUGUACCUAACAUUUUCAAAAUUGCAUUUUUACCUUGAAGUUAUGCUUGCCUAUGUAUGAAAUACAUCAAUAAUUGUAAAUAUUAACUUAUAAAUAUUAUUGUGUAUUGAAUGUAAAUAUUGUAUAUGUGCCCAAUUGUAUGUAUCUACGUACACUAAAUUAACAGAUUUAAGAAUGUUUUGCAGCAAGUUAUGUAUAUAGAAAUAAAAUUUUAUAUGAAAAGAAAA